AUCCUGGCUUAGCAUUACUUGAAAAAUCAGAGAAGGGUGCAGGACUCAGACUUUCCAGGAAUUCAAGCUACACAAUGGCAACCAAGUACCACCGUGAGAGUUCUUACCUCGGGCCUGGAAACAAAGAUGACAGAAAUUCUCAACUGAGAAUUGUCUUAGUGGGCAAAACUGGAGCAGGAAAAAGUGCAACAGGCAAUAGCAUCCUUGGAGAGAAAAUAUUUCUUUCUGGUAUCGCAGCAAAGUCCAUUACCAGGGCCUGUAAGAAAGGGAGCAGCACAUGGAACAAAAGAGAAAUUGUUGUUGUUGACACACCUGGUAUUUUUGACACUGAGGCACAGGAUGCUGACACACGCAAGGAGAUUGCCCACUGUGUUCUCUUGACCUCGCCGGGUCCUCAUGCUCUGGUCCUGGUGGUCCCACUUGGCCGUUACACUGAGGAAGAGAGCAAGGCCACAGAAAAGAUCCUGAGUAUGUUUGGACUCAGGGCCAGAAGAUUCAUGAUUCUCUUAUUCACUAGGAAAGAUGAUUUGGAUGGUGCAGAUAUCCAUGAGUACUUAAGGUAUGCUCCAGAACGGAUCCAAAAGUUGACAGGCAACUUUGGUGAUCGCUGCUGUGCAUUCAACAACAAAGCAACAGGAGCUGAGCAGGAGGCCCAGAGAAACCAGCUGCUGAUCCUGGUCCAGCGAAUUGUGAAGGAGAAUGGUGGAGAAUGCUACACCAAUCAGUUGUACCAAAGGGCUGAGGGGGAGAUUCAGAAACAAAUCCAGUUUGUACAAAAAAAUUACAGAGCAGAGAUGGAGAGAGAGAAAGCACAGCUAAGAGAGGAGUAUGAAGAGAAAAUCAGAAAACUGGAAGAUAAGCUGGAACAGGAAAGGAGAAAGGCCCAAAUGGAGAAGGAAAUAACAAAAAGGGAGACUUUCUGUGCUUUGAGGGAGCAAGGUGCCAGAAUGGAAGUUGAGAAUCAGACUUCGAUACUUGAAUUAAUCAUUAGAACAUGGGACAUUGUUGUAUUUUUCUUUUCUCUGUUUAAAGAUUAAGACUAAUGAAAAUUUGUCUGUAUUUUCUGUAUGUUCUUGGAUGAAUCUGCUUCAUAGGACUCAUUCACCAAAGGCCAAGUGCUCUAGUUUGUUUCUCAAGGCUUUCAUGACUAAGCAGUGCAAUAACCCCCACUCUUGGCCAUUAGUAGAUGUUUGAUCGAUUUAGCAAGAAGACACAUGCUCAAUUUGUGAAAUUUCAAAGCAGAAAGUAUUUUUUUUUGUAAUACUUUAUAAGUUUA